AUGUCGAGGUCAGCGGAGAGAUGCUUGCCAUUCUUUAAGAAGUUGAGGAAAGUGCCGAACUUCGAAUGGACCGAGGACUGCCGAGAAGCUUUCAAAGAACUCAAGAGUUAUCUUAGCUUGCCUCAUGUGCUCAGCAGUCCGAUGGAAGGAGAAGAGCUCCUGAUUUAUUUGUCAGCCUCAGAACAAGCCAUCAGUGCCGUGCUGGUUAGGGUGAAAGGAAGGGUGCAGAAGCCUGUCUUCUAUAUUAGCAAGGUGCUUAAAGAUGCCGAGAUCAGAUAUUUGAACAUCGAGAAGAUUGCAUACGCUCUGUUGCUAGCAGUUCGGAAGUUCAGGGUCUAUCUGGAAAGCCACCAGGGAGUGGUAAUGACAGACCAACCUCUAAAGAAGAUCCUCCACAGACCAGAAACAUCAGGGGCCGGUAAGCCAGCUUUUGAAGCAUCGGGAGAGGAGACAGAGGAGCAGUCCUCUCAGGAAUUCGACUGGAAACUAUACGUGGAUGGGGCAUCAGGCGCCGGGGGCAGUGGCGCUGGAAUACUGCUGAAGGGACCGGGAGAAUUUAAGGUUUGCUAUGCCCUACGCCUAGAGUUCAAGGCCUCCAAUAAUGUGGUAGAGUAUGAAGCCCUAAUAAAUGGGAUGCUGACAGCAAUGGAGGUGGGAGCAACCGACCUCAAAGUAAAUAGUGACUCCCAGCUAGUGAUUAAUCAGAUAACCGGGGCAUAUCAGGCCAGAGACCCAACCAUGCAGAAUUACCUGGCAAAGGUAAAAGCCAUAGAAGCUGAGCUCAAGGGUCGGGGAGUCACAAUGAAAUACCAAAGAAUACCCCGAAAGGAGAAUGAAGAGGCAGACUUGCUCAGUAGAUUGACAAGGGAAGAGCUGGAGCAACUCCCAGAUGAGGUAUACAUACAGUAUGUCAGCACGCCUGCUUUUAAUAAAACAGUCACUGUAUUUCAGGUGGAGCAAAACCAGACCUGGAUGACCCCGUACUUGGAAUACCUAAAGACAGAAAAGCUCCCUGAAGACAAGGGUGAAGCAAAAAAGAUAACAGCUCGCGCUGCUAACUAUCAAGCAGUAAGGGGGACUUUGUACAGGAGGGGGAAAUUCAGCCCGUGGCUUUGCUGUGUGAGCUCAGAGGAGGCAGUAAAGGUGAUGGAAGAGAUACACAGGGGAAUGUACGGAGCUCACGAAGGAGCAGGAACGCUUGCGAACAAGAUAUUCAGGCAAGGGUACUACUGGCCCACCGUUAAGAAGGAAGCAGAAGAGUUUGUCCGAAGAUGUGAUGUCUGCCAGAGAUUUGCCAACGCCAUCAAUGUCCCAGCCACUCCUAAAUCCAUCAUCUCCAGCCCGUGGCCGUUCUCGCAGUGGGGAAAAAAGAAAAAGAACAGAUCCCAGAAGAUCUCAGUGAGGCAGGUGACCGGGCUCCCAAAGUGCCCCGCCACUACAAAACUGGCUAAGAUGACGAAGCGGCAGUAG